AUGAUACAAACAGUGCCCUUUAGUUCUUCAUCUUUAAGAAGUUUUCUUGAAAUUAAUGGCGCUAUUAAUCGUUCAAGAAGUGGUUUGAAUCCCAGAAUUCAUUGUUCUUCAAGAAGCAAUGUUUAUAUACCAAAGCUGGAGCCAUUCAGCAGAAGCAAAAUUGAUAGAGCUGUUAAAGAACCCCCUUUGAUUCAAAAAUCAGAAACCCAAGUCGCAGAUUACUGUUCAACGCUUGAAGGGGAUGAUUCUUAUAGCUGCUGGAGGGCCUACUUUGAGCUCAAAGAACUUGAAGAAGAGGCCCCAAAGGAGGAGUUAGAGAGACUAAUUAUUGAAGCUGGUGGUGUAAAAUCACUGGUUGGAUGUGUACAUGGAAUUGCAGCAAUACACAAAGCGAAGAAGGAAUGCAAGGAGUCAAUGAAGAACUUGUCUGCAGAGAAUACAAGCCCCGUUCCUUGUCCGAUUCCAGACGGGUUGCCCAAGACGUUUGAAGAGCUCGAGGAAGAGGAGAAAGCCAGAAUGCCGGAUUCGCCUUUCACAAGAUUGCUUAGAGCCAGAGGACGAUCCCCAGCUUGGUAUUCACCGGCGCCUGAUCACGAGACAGACUGA